AUGCUGUGGGAUUUUACUAUACGAACAGACCAUGACAUUGAGACUAGGAGACCGGAUCUAUUGAUCAUUGACAAAAAAGCGAAAAACUGCCAAAUUUUAGACGUGGCAAUUGAUGGAAGGGUGAGAGCAAAAGAGGGAGAGAAAGUAGAAAAAUAUCAAGACCUCGAUAAAGAAAUCCGAAUGAUGUGAGGCGUAAGGAAAAAGGUGAUACCCAUAGUGGUGGGGGCAUUGGGGACAAUACCACUGAGGUUAGAAGAAAAUCUCAGGACACACCUACUGAACUGA